ACUGUCUAGAAACCUCCUCCGUGAACUAGUACGCACAUUCUCGGCAAUAGCUUAACGCGCCUGUGUGAGUCGGUGGCGUUGUGUGUGUGUGUCUAUUGCUCGCUCGACUGUGUGUGUCUGUAUGCGUUCACGCUGUCCCUCGUAGACAUAGACGUUGCGCCUCGUUCUUUUACUGACCAGUCGACAACAUCUGUUUGAGCAGGUUAGGUCACAUUCUGCCUCCGGCCUUAACCCAUCGAUCCGACAUCGUUUUUUGUUUCUUUUGAAAUUUCCGACAUUCGGUUCAUCCAAUCCGCGUUCACUCACGAGUGAACUGUAGUCGCUGCGCUUGCCGUCCUCUGCCAAGAGCAAGUGGUGGUUCGUGCGGAGUCGCAGCUCGAGUUUCCAACCCGGGUCUGCGUUUAUUGGGGUGCGUGAGCUCAACUGGUCUAUCGACCGUCUGCGUGCCGACGUUUCUUAUUAACAAGUCGGCGUAAAUCGAACUUUGUUCGGCUGACGUCGCGAGUUUUUCCGGCGUUUAAAACGAUGGCCAACCGGCCGCCCUUUGCGCUUUGGUUGCCAUCGGUGAUCGUGUGCGUUGUAGCCACCGCGACCUACUGGAAUGCGCUGCAAUGCGGUUUCGUCUUCGACGACAUUUCGGCCAUCAAAGACAACAAGGACUUGAGGCCGCACACGCCCGUAGCCAACCUCUUCUACAAUGAUUUCUGGGGCACGCUCAUGACAAAGGAGCAGAGCCACAAGUCCUACCGGCCGCUAACCGUGUUGACCUUUCGUCUCAACUAUCUGCUGCACCAGCUGGAACCGUGGGGCUAUCAUGCCACCAACGUCCUUCUUCACGCCCUCGUCUGCCUACUCUACUUGCGGCUAUGCGUCAUGUUCCUGGUUCCGAGCACAGCUUUUGUAGCGGCGCUUCUCUUCGCUGUACAUCCGAUACACACGGAAGCGGUGACGGGUGUGGUGGGACGAGCAGAGCUGCUGUCGGCCGCCUUUUCAUUGGUAGCUUUCCUUGUUUACAGCAACAGCAUCGGUCGAUCAGGCAGAACAGGAUGGAGCGGCCUGGCUGUAACAAUUGUGCUCGUCACCUGCGGCAUGCUGUGCAAAGAGCAAGGGAUCACCGUCGUAGGCAUUUGCCUCAUCUACGAUCUGUGCAUCAUCAAUAAGCUGUAUGGCAACCAGUUAAUGAAAGUCGUCAAGGCUUCGCUCGGUGCCGGUGGACAGUUGGCGAUGCCCGGGACCAGUUCCAGCCACGUUGGAAGCAAAGCGUUACAUCUGGCGGCCGCCAGCUGCGGUCGAACUCGUUCGAUUUUCCAACGCACUGCUGUCCUGGCCAUGUCGACGUUGGCCCUCCUUGGUGCCAGGAUGUACGUCAUGGGAUCACAAUUGCCCGUCUUCACUCGGUUCGAUAAUCCAGCGUCUGCUUCAUCAUUCCCUGGCCGUCACUUGACUUACAGUUAUCUGGCAGUUCUUAACGGCUGGUUGUUGGCCUUCCCGUCGUCGCUUUGCUGUGACUGGACAAUGGGCACAGUAGCUCUCGUCGAAUCGCUUUCCGAUCCACGUAAUCUUGCUACUCUACUCUUCUUUUUCAUCACUGCCCGUUUUGUGUGGGCAGCGCUGAUACAAGGAGACCCGAUCAUUAUCACGGCAUUUUCGUGGAUGGUGUUGCCGUUUCUGCCGGCGUCCAACUUGUUUUUUCCCGUCGGUUUCGUCGUAGCGGAACGUGUCCUCUACAUACCGUCCAUGGGCUUCUGCCUCUUGGUCGCCUACGGAUGGUCAAAAUUAGCAAAUUACACUAAACCGAGCUGGUCAAAAGUGGUCCAUCUCAGCGUUGUGUUGCUGUUUGCGUUCCACUGUUUGAAGACGUACGUUCGUAAUUUUGACUGGGAAUCGGAGCAAGCCAUCUUCAGUGCUGGAUUACGAGUCAAUCAGCGUAAUGCCAAGUUGUUCAACAAUGUUGGUCACGCCCUCGAAAGUCAGGCUCAGUAUACGGAAGCCCUCGAAUACUUCCUUCAAGCCGUCAAGGUUCAAGAUGACGACAUCGGAGCUCACAUCAAUGUCGGUCGCACCUACAACAACCUAGGAAGGUUCAAAGAGGCAGAAGAAGCUUAUCUAAAGGCCAAAUCCUUGCUACCGAGGGCCAAGCCUGGUGAGAGUUACCAAGCCCGCAUCGCCCCGAAUCACUUGAACGUGUUCUUAAAUCUGGCCAAUCUCAUCGCCCGCAAUGAGACCCGGCUCGGCGAAGCGGACGCUCUUUAUCGCCAGGCUAUUUCUAUGCGAGCUGAUUAUACUCAGGCAUAUAUAAACCGAGGAGAUAUCCUCAUCAAAAUGAACAGAACUAAAGAAGCCCAGGAAGUUUACGAGAAAGCUUUAUUCUAUGAUAGAAAUAAUCCCGAUAUCUAUUACAACCUAGGAGUGGUUCUGUUGGAACAAGGCAAACCAAGCCAGGCAUUGGCUUACCUAGAACGGGCUUUGGAACUAGAACCCGAUCAUCAGGCUUCACUACUCAACUCGGCCAUCGUCCUUCAAGAAAUGGCUGCAAACGACAAAAGCCAUCAUGACGACAUCGAUAUGGACUCUUCGCAGAAUGAAGUCAAUGUGGAGGUUACCCAGUGGCGCCGGCGAGAGGCCACCAAACGUUUAAAACAUUUGCUGCAACUUGACCCGAGCAACGAACGAGCUUUGUUUAACCUGGGAAUGUUGGCCAUGGACAAUGGCGACAUGCCGUCGGCUGAACAUUUUUUCAAAGCUUCGGUGCUACUCAAAUCAAAUUUUAGAUCUGCCCUUUUCAAUUUGGCUCUUCUUCUAAGUGACACCGGACGGCCAUUGGAAGCGGUACCCUUUCUCAAACAACUUGUUCAUCAUCAUCAGGAUCACAUCAAAGGCCUGAUCCUAUUGGGCGACAUCUACAUCAACAGCAUGAAAGAUCUCGAGGCCGCUGAAGGAUGUUACAUAAGAAUUCUUGAGCUGGAUCCAAUGAACGUGCAAGGACAACAUAAUCUGUGCGUUGUCUACGUGGAACGAGGAGAUUUGAGCGCGGCUGAGAAGUGCUUGCAACAAGCUCACCGAUUGGCCCCUCACGAGGAUUACAUCGUCCGCCACCUGAACAUCGUCCAGUCGCGCAUUGCCAAGUUGAUUGCCGCCCAACAGAAGAAACAGCAGCAACAAAAAAGAGUCGAUAAGAAAGACCAGCAUCUCUGAUCGUUGAUCAGUGCCAUAACUUCUGUCCCGCCCAUUCCCAUAUUCCACUUCAGAUGAUUGACGAAGCUCCUUCGACUGAAAGCUCCUCUAGUAUGCUGUGCUUCUAACUGUGCGUGUGUGUUCUGACUGCUAGAUUAAUUGCUGACAUUCCCGGAGCUUUAAUCGCGGAAAAAGAUUCAAGUCUUGAUCGUUGUUGCGAAAAAAACCCGAUCAAGUUUCAUAUCGCUUUUCGUGUAUUUUAUCUCUUGAUUCUUCGAACUAUUAUCUACUAAUCAUGUCCAAUCAUUUUACGAGUACCAGUAUUUGCAGAUUUCCAGUUGAUGAAGCAUUCAGGUUCAGUGUGAAGGUGCCUUGAUAUAUAUAUAUUAAUGUUGACUCGUGUGUGAGCGAUGGAGAUAUGAACGAACAAAGAAAAAUAUUUCAACCACGCCAUUAUUUUUGUAUGCCCGUGAAAGUGUUGAAGCUUUACUAUCAUUUGACCGUGUCCGAUUUUUCCGCGCGAGCUCCGCAUAUGCCGAGCGCCAUAUAGAUUACUGAAGGAGAGCAUGCUUUCUCGUAUAGAUCACUGCUGAAUCGCAUGAUCUUGCGCGUUUGGUGUGAUUCUCAAGAAGGCCAAAACUGUGAUAUGAGCUUCAUUUAUGAAAUAAUACCCUUUCAUCCUCGAAUUCAAGGUUGGCUUUUUGGUCGCAAGUUCAAAGUGCCACUGUGUAUUUAUCAAUUCAUCCUGUUGGAUUUUCUUUCUCAAAUACUAGUUUGUCUAUUUUCCCUUUAAACCUAAAAAUUCGCAUAUAAUUAUUUGUAUAUGUACGUGUAACUGAUUUGGGAUACAAAUUUUUGAAUCCGAGAUUUA